AAAUGAACGGUGUUAUAAUAAACAGUACGAACCAUUUUAUUUUCCAACAGUACAACAAAUCGUUCCACAGUUGGCAGUAUUUGAAUGUGUUAAAGGAGGAAGGUAUGCCGACACCAAAUAUCACUGUUGGUAGAUAUGGUUGUUAUAAGUGGAAUAAAGAUCUAAUGGAAUGGAAGUUUGCAUGCGCUAGCUCAAAUAAAAGUCAUGAGAAAUCCAUAUUCUGUUUGUGCCAUGAAGCUUCGAUAUUCAAGGGGCAAUAUGACUAUCUCCCAAUAAAAGUAGAUUCAAUGGAGUUUUUGGACUUUGACGUCCAUGUGGAUCCAACGUAUAUUAUUUUUACAACAACAAUAAUAAUCAUGAUAUUGUUUUAUAUACUUCUAUUGUGUGUCUACAUGAAAACAAACAAUUAUGAGGUGGGUAACAAUGUGCUCUUCCUAACGGAUGUUCCAAAUUACUGUAAAUUUGCCUAUUUAAUCGUUGUACAUACUGAUAAAAAAGUUAAAUCAGGUACUACCUCCAACAUUAUGAUUAAAUUGGUAGGAACAAAAUCAUCGUCCAAGGAACAUGUGUUGAAUUAUCCAGAUCCUGGAAAGCAGUUACUCCAAGAGGGCAACGAAGAUUGGCUCAUUUUGGCAUCGGAACACUACCUUGGCGAUUUAAAAGAAAUUCAUCUGUGGUUUGACAGCAUAGGUGAAAAACCUGACUGAACCAGAUAAGUACACUAGUGAUGUUAUAAUAAUAAAAAAAAGAAA